GUGGUUUGAUUUGGUGCAAUACAGACGAUUGUUUUAAAGGCUAGGUCCUAGUGUUUUGCAGGCAACAAAAACUUCUGCUGCUUGUGGCCAACGAAGCUUGAUGGAAAAGAUCAGGCUGAACAGAACCAAAGUCCUUCAUUUCAACAACUAUGUUCCUUCUUUGGGUAGCAAAAGGUCCUCCGCCAUCGAUGGAGUGAAGCUUAAGCAUUGCAUGACACAAGGAAGUGUUACUGCUGGACCAUGGAGCACGGGAAUCAAACUUUUGUUCCAGGAUUCAUCUUGCAAGAGCUCUUCAACCGAGAGGGACACGAAGGCCUCAUCUUCUUCAUCCACCUCUUCAUGUAUCUGCUGAUCCUCUUGGGCAACCUGCUGAUCGUCCUUCUGAUCUGCUGUGACGCCCAUCUCCUCCACACACCCAUGUACUUCUUCCUCAGCUACCUCUCUCUGGCUGAUAUGUGUUUUGCGUCUUCCACUAUCCCCAUAAUGCUGCGUAACCUCAUUUCCCAGGACAAGGUCAUCUCCUAUAGUGGCUGCUUGUCUCAGAUUUAUUUUUUCCUGGCCUUUGGCAAUAGUGACAACUUCCUGCUUGCCGCCAUGGCCUACGAUCGCUACCUGGCGAUCUGCUGUCCACUGCACUACACUUCCUUGAUGAACACCAAGCGUUGCCUCUUGAUGGUUUCUGGGUGUUGGCUCCUGGCCCUUUUCCAGUCUACGCUGUACACCUCCCUGCUCUCCUCCGUCUCCUUCUGCGCAUCCCAGGAGAUCCCCCAUUUUUUCUGUGAGUUCUACCCCGUGCUAGGCCUUGCCUGCUCCGACACCACAGCUGUCAAGCUGGUGGUGCUGACAGAAGGUGUGCUCGAUAUUCUGGGGCCGUUUGUCUUCAUCGUGGCCUCCUACGUGCGCAUCUUCCUCACCGUUGUGAAGACUUCAUCGUCCACCAGCAAACGCAAGGCCUUUUCCACAUGUGGUUCUCACCUAGCCGUGGUUAUCCUCUUCUAUGGCACCCUCUGCUGGAUUUAUACGCAGCCUACCUCUGACAAUACACAGGCUUCUCUCAUGCAUACUGUGGUGACUCCUAUGCUCAACCCUUUCAUCUACAGCCUGAGGAACAAUGAGAUGAAAGGAGCUCUGAGGAGACUUCUUAGAAGGAUGAGAGUCAAUUGUAUGAACUGGAAGUAACUGAUCAGUCACCUGGUAUUGGGACAUUAUGUUGCAGUGAGUGGGAUUGUCGUGAUCUGUGCUGUGCUGUGCUGUGAGACAGAGGCCUAGUGGGCCUAGGGAGCCUGUGAGGCCUGUGUCGCAGUAGAGAUAGUGCCUACAAUCAACAGAAUGCUUGGCGCUGGUUUUAGCCAAUCGGCAUCCAAGUAGGCUCUGAGGAGAAUGGCUUAAAAGCUCUCUCGAGGGACAAAUGAGGUUCUUUCCUCCUGAGAGGUCAAGCAGGCACGAUGGCUGCUGUUUAGGAGGAAGACCUUCACUCUGAGGGAGGGAGUGAACAGGCCAAGGCCUAGUGGCCUAACAGACAAGGGACAGUUCAGUCUAGUCGCGUUAGGGACUUUAUGUUUAUUUUCCUUCACCCAUGUUACUUUAUAGUUUUAAAGCACCUUAUCUGUUCACUUGCCCUUAUUGAUUUUCCUGUUUAAAAUAAAUCUUUUUAUUGUUCUUUGUU